ACAAUGUCACAACCACAACCCUUACCUUCCGCUCUCCUCACACUCCUCCUGCCCUUCUCCAUCGCCCUUUCUCUCUACCUCAGCAUCUCCUACCUCAUCCUCCCCUUCUGGCGCUCACAAUCUCAAAACCUACCCAUCGACACCGUCUCAGAUCUGGCGCGACGAGCAAAAAACAAUGUCAAACAAGGAGUUUGGAACUUGACAAAGAGGUUUAGGAAACAGGAGGAGUGGGACGAGGAUGCAGGAGAGGAAGAUGAAGAGUCAGGGAUGUUGAAUUAUGAAGAGGAUAGGGGACGGUUGUGGAGGGGGAGUGUGGCGCCGACAAGGGAGGACGAGGAUUGA